GAGCGCGGUUUCGUUUUAGGAAGCGUCCGUUCAAAGGAAGCAUGGCCCAUGGCGAGGCCAUCAAGGAGGUGGCGAUUGAAGAGUUCCGGGACUGGGCUUUGAAGUUGCCGGGGGAGGUUCUGCACAUCAAGGGCUUCGGAAGCAACGUGGAGGACCACUACGACCAGGAUGCGCUACACAUGGCGGCCAAGUUUUCGCUCGUGGUCUGGGACGGAGACGAGCUCCGGGAAAAAAGCUUUACCCGGCUCAUCCCGCAGUUGCUGGAGCAGGGAAAGACGGUCGCGGCAUUCAGGGUGCAGAGCGAGAUGGGCAGCUUUAGGACCAGCUGGCAGGAGGUGGCGUCCCGGCAUCCGGGCAGAAUGGUGGUAGUCCCUGUGGACAUGGACCAGGAUCCGCCACGAUACCUCGACGCCUCCGAGCUGAGGUCCCUAGGGCCUCGCGAGAAGUUUGUGCAGCUGGGGCGGGUGGCUCUUAAGGUCACCGGCGCCAAGCAGAUCUUGGCCCUCGGCGGCGGCGGCGUCAGCUCGAAGGAAGCCGAGCUCAGCCGGGGCGAGG